UGCGCUCCCCCCUACCAAUUACUCCUCAAUGGAUGCGUUUGUUGUCGCAGCCCUGCGCACUCCCGCCCGGCCCGGCUCGCCUCCCUCGGCGGAAGCGGGGCACACAGACCAAAGCCAACUUCGGGCGCCCUGGGGAAGCCGGGCCGGCCACUGCGAGGGCUGCCCCGUACAGGCUCCGCGGGCGGGGCGCGGACGGGACUCGGGCCGGGCCGGGCCGGGCCGGGCGGGGCUGGGGCCCGGCUGCCUCUUGCCCCCUCCUGGCGCGAUCCCGCCCGGCACACUCCACCCACCCGCGGCUACUUGUGCCCCCCUCCCUCCGCGGGCCGCGGCAUUCCCGUGUGGGGCGGCCGCAGGAGCUGAGGGGAUAAAACACUUUAUCCUCUGUCCUGCCCCAUCCCAUCCCGGUACGGCGGUCAUGUCGCGGGGCCCGGCGGCGGCGGGGCGGCUGCUGGUGCUGCUGAUCUGUCUGAAUUAUGGACAUGGGCUCUAUGUGAAGGUUUAUAACCGAAAUGACAGGAGUGGCCUGCUGUCUCAUCCCAGCAGCCCAGUCAGACAGAAGAGAGAAUGGACAGUCCCUCCAGCUUUCAUACGGGAGGAGGAGGACAAUUCCUACAAGAAUCCAAUUGCUAGAAUACAUUCAGAUCUUGAAGAUACAGGAAUUGUAGUAACUUACACUAUAUCUGGUCAAGGAGUAACAGAACCCCCAUAUGGACUAUUUGUUAUCAAUGGAAAGACUGGUGACCUGAACAUAACAGGAAGGGUGGACAGAGAAAAGACUCCCAUUCUUCUUGUCCGAGGCCAUGCACUAGAUAAGAAUGGGGCAAAACUGGAAGAGCCAAUAGACCUCCCAAUUAAAGUUGUGGACAUAAAUGACAAUUUUCCAGUGUUUUCUCAUGAAGUUUUUGUUGGUUCAAUUGAAGAAUUAAGUGAAACAGGUACAAUUGUGUUGAGGAUAAAUGCAACAGAUGCAGAUGAACCAAAUAAUCUAAAUUCCAAAAUUGCUUUCAGGAUUGUUUCUCAAAGCCCUAGCGCUGCAUUCAGCAUGGAUAAGAAUACUGGCGAGGUUCGAGUGGCAAAAAUAAACCUUGACAGAGAGACUCAAAGUAGCUAUUCUUUGGUGGUGGAAGCAAAGGACCGUGGUGGUGAAAAAGGUGGGAAUGCUGCAACAUGUUCUUUAGAAAUCAAGAUUCUGGAUGUCAAUGACAAUCUGCCUGUUGUUGAAAGUCGUGCAUUUGAAGGAAGCAUUGAAGAAAACAGAGCAAAUGUGGAAAUCAUGCGAAUAAAAGUAUUUGACAAAGAUGAAGAGUUUUCUGAUAAUUGGCUGGCAAACUUUACAUUUGUUUCUGGCAAUGAAGGUGGUUUUUUCAAAAUUGUAACAGAUACCCAAACAAAUGAAGGAAUUUUGACUGUUGUGAAGGAGCUGGAUUAUGAAACAAUGCAAAGCCUAAACUUAGGCGUUGUUGUUACAAACAAAGCAGAGUUUCACAAGUCAAUUAAACCCAGUUACAAAGCAGAAACAAUUCCAAUCAAAAUUAAGGUGAUCAAUGUGCAGGAAGGCCCUGUGUUCCCCGGUGGCACAAAAAUUAUUGAAGCAAGUGAGAAACUCCAGAUAAAACAGGUUCUUGGACAGUAUCAAGCCUAUGAUGAAGACACUGGAAAAGUAGCAGAGCGCAUUACAUACAUGAAAGGAAAAGAUGCAGCAAACUGGAUCACUGUAGACUCAGUCACAGGUGAAAUCCGACUUGCUAAAAAUCUUGAUUACGAAUCACCUCAUGUAGUAAAUGGUACCUACACUAUCACCAUGUUGGGUGUAACUACUGAUUCCCCAAGGAAAACAAUCACUGGCACAGUCGUCAUUCAGGUUAAAGAUGAGAAUGAUAACUGCCCAGUUAUUGUGAACCCUGUGCGGACUGUGUGUUCAGAUGCAAAAUUAGUUGAUGUUACAGCUCAUGACUUGGAUGGUUACCCCUUCAGUUAUCCCUUCAGCUUUACUGUCAUUGAUGAGCCAGAAGGGACAGCAGAAAACUGGAUAAUUGUAUCUGGAAAUGACACCAGUGUGCAGCUGGUACCACAAAACCUGAAGCCAGGCAGAGCUGAAGUUCCCAUGCUAAUAAAGGAUUUCCAAGGGGUCAGCUGUGCUCUGCCCCAGUCUCUGCAGCUGACUGUUUGUGAGUGUACAGAUGAUGGUGUGUGCCAGGAGAGGUUUAUUGGAGCAAAGUCAGUGGGUCUGGGACCAGCAGCAAUUGCACUAAUCAUCUUGGCGUUUUUACUUCUGCUGCUUGUUCCACUGUUGCUGCUGCUGUGUCCGGGUGGCAUGGGAGCCAAGGGAUUUGGUGGAGCAAAGACAUUUACUGACAUACCAGACCACAGUGAAGCGAUGCUGCGUCAGUGGAACAGUGAAGGAGCAGCUCCUGAGGAGAAGGCAUUGCUAAGCUUCAUUCCACCCACUGCGCUUGGGAACGUGAAAGGAGGAACAACAGCAGCGGCAGCAGGAGCAGCAGCAGGAAUGAGUGGAGAAGGAGCUCUAAUAGGAGCAGGCAGCUCUGUCUCUCAUGUAGGAGAACAUCACAGCACCAUUACCAGGGAAAGAUGGGAAGAGCAAAGGCGUCUUCUUUCUGCUACUGACUAUGGAGCCAUGGCAGCUGGAGCAGCUGAGGGCAUGGCAGGUGUGGAUGGGAAGACAGUCAUGUCUGGAGGAGGAGUUGCUGUGGGAGCGGCUGGAGCCAUGAAUGAAGAAUUCUUAAGAGACUACUUCAAUGAUAAAGCUGUCUCUUUUGCGGAAGAAGAUGAAGAGCAAGCUGCAAAAGACUGUCUCCUGGUUUAUUCCCAGGGAGAAUCAGGCUCCCCUCAUGGCUCCGUUGGCUGCUGCAGCUUUAUUGAGGGGGAUCUUGAUGACCAUUUUCUUGAUGAUUUAGGAGACAAGUUUAAGACUCUAGCAGAAAUAUGUAUAGGUAGACAGAUCAACAUGAAAGACGGUGGCUACAAGAAUGAAUCAGGUUUUGGUCUUAGUGAAGCAAAGUCACAGUCCUUACAUCAGCAAACUGCUUCCACCUCUGAACAAGCGUUUGCCUCAGGCAGUGGUUUCCAGUCCAUCCCACCCGUACAUACAGGCAGUAGCACAGGAGAAAGCACCCUGUCCAAGGAGGUGGUCACAGAAACAGCCUUUUCAUCAUCCCACUCUGGGCAGCACAGUGCCCAGCACCUCCCCACGGGCCACACAGAGAGCAGUGUCACCGUGACAGAAACAUCCUAUUCUGUGGGGGCUCCUGCCCGCACAGCCCCUGUCUUUUUAGACCCCCAGUUUAAGGAGAACGUAGUGGUGACAGAGAGGGUGCUGGCACCUGCAUCGAGCAUUCAGGGCAUGGUGAAAAUCCCUGAUUUGCCACAUGGAAGUAACAUGGUGGUUACAGAAAGGAUGGUGAAGUCAGCAGGUGCAGGGCCAGGAGCCCUGACAGUUCAGGAUCUUCCUGACUCGCAGUAUGUCGUGGUGAGGGAGCGAGAGAGGGUCCUUGUGCCUGCUGCAGAGCAGGGCUCGCUCAGCUUCCCCGCUGCAGCACAGGAGCACAGCACGGUGCGCAAUGAAAGGGUGGUGCAGAGCAGAGCUGAACAGGCCACAGGGGCCAGCUCAGGAAGGCAAGAGCAUGCUCUGAUCACAGACUCCCCACUUAACGUGAUGGGCUCUGACUCACAAGGGCCGUCUCAUGCCGGGGCCACACUGAGCAAGUCUUCCAGGGUCACCAAAUACAGCACAGUGCAGUACACUCGCUCAUAGCCUGGCUCCGUGCAGGGGUGGCAGUGUCCAGCACCCUUCUGUCUGCAUGCAUCCUGCCCCGGGCCUUUCCAUGAGAUCCAAAUUUGCUGGAGCUUCCAGAAUGACAUGUACUCAUUUGCACUAGUUUGUAUAAAUAUGGAUUAUAUGACCAGGAAGUUAGUGAGGAAAUCUGGUGUUAUGUUACAUUGGCCUUUGAAAUGGAAAGAUGUGGGAAAUAACUUUUUUCUCCUGGUUUGCUGGUGUUUUUUAUUGCUUUUUAUUACACAGAUAGUGAAUGAUGCCACAUAACUAGAGCUGCAUAAUUAUGGGAAAACAGGAAAAAAGUCUCCAGUCUAGUGAAGGAUAGUAGCCUGCAAAGCACAAGUAUUUGAACUGCUAUUGAAUGCAUCUGAAGUCCUCCUGUGAGGGCAAUCAGUUUCUCAUUGUGUGUUUGCCAUUGUGUUGUGGGCCAUGGUAGCUCCUCCUGAACCUUGUAAAAAAUCUUCCUGAGAAGCCCAGGCCACCAAAGCUAGUAUGCCUUCAGAGCAGUGGUGUGUUGAUCUCCUGAAGGGAUGUCACAAUUUCAGGUUAUCAGAAUUUGUAACUUAAGCAAUCAAUACUUGCAUGUUACCACAGCAGUUAAAGAGAGCAAGCAGCAAAAAAGCUGAGAACUGCAAUUUUUCAUUACCUCAGUCUAAAAGUUCCAUUACUUGAUGUGGGUCUACAUGGACAUGGACAAGUAAGCGUUUGCAUCCUGCACGUUUUUCACUUUAUUUAACUUAUGAGAAACAGCCAAGGCUUACCUUAGCCUUAGAGCCAGAGAUUCAGUCAGUGGCUUUGUCAGAAAACUUUAUAGCCCUUGUACAUCUGUAGGAUCUGAUUUUCAGGUGCAAUUUGGUAUUUGGAAUUGUUUCUGAAACUCACAGGCAUAGAAGUCAGCCUUGUGUCUGUGAGGUUCCACUAGUUUCAGUACCAGAGCUCAAGUGGCUGGUAUAGUGCUGUAUAAUGACAGCUUCCCUUGGCAAGAAGAUAACAGGAUGACAAGAUAACAGGAAGCUCCCUUUAGGUCUGCAAUAUUUGAGCUUACUUUGCUUUCCUUGAAGUUUAUGUGGUAAAAACAAGAGACAGUACUGCACUGUUUGGCAGUAUGUAUAUAUAUAUAUAUAUGCACAUGUAAAUAUUUGUAUGCUCUUUGGAACAUUCUGAAGUUAAUUUUAUACAGGAAAAAAUGCCUUACACUCCUUAUGUUUUCUGAGUAGAAGUAUUUUAGAUGAGGCAUAGGUAGUGUGUUUGUCUCAUACUUGUGAAAUCAGCAAGUUGGUCAUAAGGUACUGCAAAGCCCAUGGACCUGCAGAACUUUCAGGUUGUCUCCAUCUCCUGGAGUUUUCCUGCAGCUGCAGUGUUAUAUUUUCCACUGAUGUGUUCUGCCCUUGACUGGAAAUGCUCUCACUGUGUUUAGUUUUACUAAUAGUAAAAGUUGCUUCAAAAACAUAAAUACAUAAACUAGGAACCAUGGUUGUGCUCAACUGUGACAGCUGGGCCGUUAUGUUGAGUAGUAUUUUCAAACAUAUCAGACUCCCUGCUUGCUUGGACCUAUUGGUUAUCUCUUACACUGCGUUUUUAAAAUACACGUAUUUAUUUCUGAGCAAGCCUGCAGUUCCAAGUGGUCACUGCUCUUCUGACUUUCUGAUAGAGUAUCUUUGUGGGUUUAUGCAAUCUUAAAAUAAAGAACUCUACUGUAUUUUUUAAUUCUUCAUUCAAACAGCUACUCCAGUGAAAACACUGCCUUUCCUGCUGCAAAUAAAGAGUUUAAAAAUAGAAUGAGGACUGAGAUUUCCCAAACAGCCUCAAGGAAUAUCUGAAAGAUGCAGAGGUAAAAAUGUUGGUGUCCUGCUAUAACUUAAAAAAUGGGGAUUCUGCCUUGUGGUUAAGUGCACUAAAUUCUGUACUAACUUGAUGCAAGAUAACAGCAUCUCUGCCAUAAAUUUACUGGACUUUGAGUCAGACCUUUAAACCAGUUCGUGCUUCCAGACAAUAUGUCUGGAACAGUCUCAGUUUUAUAACAUAUUAAAACAUGUAGUUGUUAACAUCCAGGAGAAGAGGUAAGAGUGUAAUGUUUGUAUAUAAACUGCUUUCACAGAUAUACUUGUAAAGAGUCUGUUUGAAUAGAUUCAGUGAGUCUCCAUUAUUUGACUUAGCAGCUGCAGCCUUGGUACAAGUCUAUCAGCGUAUCAGCAUGUGUUAAUGCUGGCAGAACAUCCAUCAGAUUAAGUCACUCACUUCUAAUGGAGCUGUGUUUUGUAAACGAUAAAGACUGGUGGGAGGAAUGUACAGACCCAAAUUAAUGGAAGUUCCUGGUUAGCAUCUGACUACUAGAUAACCCUGAGAGGGGGACUAGCCCCAGACACUUAUCUUUGUGAGAGAUGCCUUGUUGUGACUUCAAAAGGAAAAGCAAAGUCUGUAAUUUUCUUAUCUAACAAUAAUAGAGCACAGUUAUGCUGAAAUGCCAGCAUGACAGGGAUUAGAUCCAUGCUGCUUUCUGUGAUUUAUGUUACCUGUGAAUCUUGGUAAGUAUGUUGGACUCCAUGAGUAUGAGCCAGCCUGCCACAACAAGGAUGCAGCUUGUGUCCUGCAUACCCACAAGGAAGUAUUUCUCUGUCAUCCCUCAGUAUCUAGUUGGAGCUAGGUUAAACUUUGCAAGACAAUCAAUCUUUUCCAGACUCCAUUCUUUCCUGGGAAUUUACCCAUAGUCCACCAUCAAAGGUUUAAAGCUUGUCAGGGUUAUCAGCAGUAAAUCAGUUUUUAAAAAGUAAAUCAGCUGCUAUCCUUAGGAGAGUGAUAACCGUUUAUGGCCUUGAGGCAUCUCAAAAAUGCAUCCCUCCUUCAGUGUACACUGCAGUGGUGGAGCUGGUGGUGCCUGCUGUCUCCUCUGCCAGCCCUUGAUCCUUCCUGGUUGCCUUUGAGCUUCCAGGGAGCUCAGAGUGCAUUGACAGCCAUCUGUCCUUACUUUAUGUGCAGAAAGGUUGGCCUCUGCCUGCUGCUCAUGCAGGCUUUCAAAGCACAUAGAGUUUGCACUGUUUCAAAGUAGCUUCUAAGGCCCACGUGCAGGGAGAAACAAGGCACUGGGGGUUACUGAGCAUGCAAAAGUUGCUUCCAGACAUGGGAAAAGCUGAUAGCCCUGUUAGGAAAACCUUCCACAGGCAUCUUUGGGUGGCUGCUGCUACAAAGAUGGGAUACUGGAUGACAAGAACUUUUGGCAUGAUCCAGGAAGGGCUCGGUGUCAAGUUGUAACAGGACAGCACUCACCUGAGGCAAAAUGAUGGAUUAAGAUGACUGUAUGAGGAGAAAUGGUGUUCUGCUUUCCCUGCAUAGACAGCAAUCACUGAAUAAAAAAAAUUAUGUGGGGCAGGGCCCUGAUUGCCCAAUAAGCCAUGCCUAGUGCCCCAGCCCUCUGAUGUGACUAGUGAGAGUCACUGCCAGGGAACAACUGCACGUAUGUAGCCAGUGUGACUCCUGAACCACACCAAGUGGUUGCAGUCACCAGCUCCCAGUUUCUCCUUGUGGCCUCACCCCAGGAGCCAGCGCUGCAGGUGGUCAGGUCUCCCCACCAUGUCAUAUUGCUCAGCACCCUGGCAGCCAAAAAUCAAAUGCAGAGCUGGAUAUCUCUUCCCU